ACUUCUUUGGAUAAGUCCCGCCAUAAUUAGGGGCCAGUGGAUUCACAGGAAGCGGGAGUACAAAAUUUGGAUACUAGGCUUUUGUCGAUUGAAAAUAUAUUCCACCGAACUUUCACACUUGUCAGUGUAGGUGGUAUACGCGGACGCACUUCGUAUAGUUCUAACCGUUUUAUAUUUAGCAUAUUAAUUCCUGUCAGCGUUUUGGUGGUUGAUCUAAUGACGCACAGGAACGUGGAACAAAUGGUGUGAUUGCCCGAGUACCAUCCUCAGCCUAACGUUAAUUAUUAAUCCGAAAGAAGAAAAUUAUCUCUACUCGCAAGUGCAGGUCCAACCUAGCAUUCUAACCUAUAUUCUUGGCUUUUUACACCCGCGAAUUCUCCGGUCCCCAGAUAAUGAAGCUGUGCAUAUGUCAACUAUGCAAUUGUGGCCGACAUCGAUGUCCCCAUGCAGUACGAGUUCCAAAAUCAAUUGGACCUUGCGCCAUUUCUGAAUACACCAACAAAUACAUUGCCUAUCCCAUAAAACCAGUGGAGUCCUGUAAGCCACCACACAAGGGUAUCGACGCUCAGGGACCGAUCAGCUCCUACACGACACAUCGGGUUGAUUAUGUUGCACCUCCGUUGGACAAACAGCCUUCGUGUAAAAGAGAGGCCUGUUACGAACCGCCAAAAACAAAAUUUGAUGGGCAAUCCACCUAUACUAGAGAAUACAUCGCGAAACCACUUCAAAAAUCUCACUCAUGUAAACCACCCGCGAGGCGUGCCACGGAAGCGAAAUUCGAAGGAGAGGCAACAUAUACAUCCGACUACCGGAAGUGGCCGUUGGAGCCGAGGCAUCCUCAUGUAGUGGACGAAUACAUGAAACCGACAGAACCAUUCCGUGGACUACCCACUUACACCUCGGACUACAUUCGACACCAAUUAAAGCCUACUCAGUCGUGUAAGCCAACGCAACGAUACACCAAGCCCGUGGUAGCUUUUGAUGGAAUCAGUGAUUAUCGUGAUGCGUACAGACAACCUAUGGUGACGGAGCGCGCCCAUCCAGUUGUCACCAAGGUCUGUGUGCAAAAAGCAACAGCUCCGAUGGAAGGCAUCUCAACACAUAUGCGUGAUUACGUCUGGAAGACUGGAGAACCAGGUGCGUCUUGUAAACCCGCGUACACCGGGCUAUCUUCGGAGGCCCCGUUCCAAUCGGACACGACUAAUCGGGUGGAUUUCAAGCCAUGGCCUGCGAACUUGAAGCGCACUCUAUCGUCACCCCAUAUGGUUAGCUACGAACUGCCCAAGUGUAAAAUGGAUUCGGACACCACGUACCACCACGAUUACAUCCCGCAUCCAGGGUCGAAGAAGGCACAGCCUGUUGAACCACAGACUUGCCGGAUGAUCAGCACCGCACCGUUUAAAGGAAUCUCGGACUAUCAGGACAGUUUCCGUGCUUGGGCGAUCGGCCCCCGACAAAAAGGAUUCGGUCCAGGAGCCGGCUUCUACCAGUCUAACGCUCCGUUCGAUGGCCGCAGCACCAACAAACAAUACUACGUGGCCCAUGCGGGAUGUAGACCAGCGGAGUCAUGCAAGCCUCAUCCAUCUGUGCUUCACACCGGAGUACCUUUCGAUGGUGCCACAUCGUACCGGACGGACUACACGCCAAAGCGAGCAGAGCGCUGUCCAGCCGCCCUGUUGAACACGGAAUUAAGCCCAUACGUGUAUGCACAUAAGGACGAGAAUGGACAUCUGUUAUACUGUAAGACUACAGAGAUCAAAUGCCCAAUAGAAGCCUCUCUGGAACCUUCGCAAAUCAAUCUGAUCACAAACGUGCCUGUCGCAGUGGCCAACUGAACCAGCUGUUGCUCUACACUGUUGCCGCAUCAUGAGCGCAUCUGCUACAUCUAUUCUAUUCAAACUCUGCGAUUCUUACAACAGUGGAGCCAUUACUUUAUCCUUCUAGAGAGUCAAAUUUCCUAUUUUAUUGCGUAGUUAAUAAACUAUCGUUUAAUAGAUGUUUCCACCUUUUGUAGACAAAUUAUUAGACAUUUUUGCGCCAUGAUAUUUCCGAGCCUCCAGAUUGUCUCCUUCGUGUUUGUCGUCGCAACCCACGCGCAUAUAUGAACUGGAUUCGGUUCUGUCCGAAUCCACCUAUCUCCAAUUCUAUUUACCCACACCGCAGAUAUUUCUCACUACUACGUUACAUUUCGUGUUUUAUAGCUAGAAAUAUGACGAUGUUCACGUAAUAAAGCCACAUGUUUUGUUUUUGCUC